CCCAUCAUUGCCCUCUGCUUUCCUCCACAUACAAGUGUGUUUUUGUGUGUGAAAACGGCUGCUAUAGUUUUUGAAAAACUCUCUUCUCUGUGGGGAACUUGAAGUUGAAACCAUUUGUUUUAGUAAUUUUCUUCCAUAAUUCCAGAAAGUAGAACAAGCAUUUUACUACGCAAACAAUGUUAUCUUUGAGGUCACUGUUAUUUUCUAUUCUACUUGUUUCUUCCACUCCUUUUUCAUUUUCAAUUGCACAAUCACAUUCUCUCACUCUUCAAUCACUUCAUACUUCAGGGACCAAUGGGGUUGUUUUUUCUUGGGGGAAAAAUGAAAGGUUUCUUGAUGAGGAUUCCACUGAGUUAGAAUUGAACUCAACUCUAGUGUUGGCGGCAGAAAGGACCUAUAGAAAAGACCCUCUUAAUGAUUUCAAGAAGUACACAGGAGGCUGGAACCUCGCUGACCACCAUUACUGGGCUUCUGUGGGAUUUACUGCUGUCCCAUUGUUUGGUUUUGCGGCUGCCUGGUUUGUAGUAUUUGGGCUCUGCUUACUUCUGAUCUGUCUCUGCCACUGUUGCUCUCGAAGGGAGCCAUAUGGCUAUUCUCGAACUGCUUAUGCACUCUCCCUCAUUUUCCUCGUCCUCUUUACUUUGGCCACUAUCAUUGGAUGCGUGGUUUUGUAUUCUGGCCAGGGAAAGUUUCAUAGCAGUAUCGUAAAUACUUUGGGAUAUGUUGUAGACCAAGCAGAUGCAACAGCUGAGAAUCUUCAAAAUGUUUCAGAUUAUCUUUCUGCUGCCAAGCAGAUUGCAGUGGAUCAAGUUCUUCUUCCAUCUAAUGUGCAAUCCGAUAUUGAUCAGAUUCAAGCCAAGAUAAGCUCUUCUGCUAGUACACUUGCCAAUGAAACACAAGACAAUUCGGAGGACAUCAAGAAUGUAAUUGAAUCUGUAAGGGUGGCACUUAUCGUGGUCUCCGCUGUUAUGCUUCUCUUAACAGUUCUUGGAUUUGCGUUUUCAAUUUUCGGCUUGCAGUUUCUUGUGUACAUCUUGGUGAUUGUUGGAUGGAUUCUUGUGACAGGAACUUUCAUAAUAUGUGGCAUUUUCCUUCUUCUCCACAAUGUGACAGCAGAUACUUGUGUAGCAAUGGAGCAGUGGGUACAAAAUCCAACUGCUCAUACAGCUUUAGAUGAGAUAUUACCUUGUGUGGACAAUGCCACUGCACAAGAAACCUUAGUAAAGAGCAAGGAAGUUACAUCUCAACUAGUCGAAGUAAUUAACCAGGUCAUCACCAAUGUCUCGAACAUCAAUUUCUCCCCCAACUUCAAGGCUGUGUAUUACAACCAAUCCGGUCCGCUCCUGCCUACCCUUUGCAGUCCAUUUAAUUUUGACACGACAGAUAGAUUGUGUUCACCAGGGCAAGUGGAUUUGAAUAAUGCAACACAGAUAUGGAGUAACUAUGUUUGUCAAGUUUCACCAGAUGGGAUCUGUAUCACUACCGGCCGUCUGACGCCGGCACUUUACAGUCAGAUGGGUGCCACAGUAAACGUGAGCUAUGGCUUGUCUCAUUUCGGUCCAUUCCUGGUUGAUUUACAAGAUUGUUCUUUUGUCCGACAAACAUUCACUGAAAUAAACGGAACGCAUUGUCCUGGCUUGCGACGGUACAGCAAAUGGAUUUAUGUAGGGCUGGUUAUGGUUGCUAUUGCAUCCAUGCUUUCUCUACUUUUCUUCUUAAUAUAUGGUAGGGAGAGACAACACCGCAUUUACACUAAAGAGCAUAUGCCAAAAGCAGCCGAAGGACUUGAAGGUAAUAAGCAUAUGCCAAAAGUAGACGAAGGACUUGAAGAUGAUAAGCAUACUUGAGGGGAAGAAGAGUUUCUUUUCUAGCUUCGUAUAUUUUCUUUCUUUCAUGAAUUAGAGUUUGGUUCAUUUUUCAAAGAUCUUGUCUUUGUACUCAAUUUUAAAUGCUGAAGGCAGUCUGUAAAGCCUUUGAAAUGUUCACCAUCAAUGUAUGUCGGCUCGUCGUGUAGAAGUUUCACACUUCUUUGUUUUUCUCGCAUAUGCAGAAAA